UUGCGCGGGCCGCGGGCGGAGGGGCAGCGCUGGCGGGGAGCGGGGCCGCGGCGGCCCCGGCGGGACACGUGGUGCUCCUGCGAACGGCAUUCAGCUCCUGCUGCCCAGGGACCCUCGGCAGAGAGCGUGGGUUUGGUGUUAGAUUAUGGGGGAGCGGGGGGGUGACUUCCCCAAACUUUGCCAGUGUUUUGUUCUUCAGCGUUUGGACGUACACGGUUGCACCUCCCCUUCUCCUUCACAGUUUCAGUGGAGUUAAACUUUGGGCCGCCAAGAACGUGCAGGUUAAAAUGUGGGUACCAGCUGUUAACAAACAGACUAAGUUUUACUUAUUUUCUUCUCAUUUGAUUUACCUAGUGAAUCAAUCGCAUUUCUUUGAAAGAGGAAGUUUACACUACGUAUAUUUCAUAUGUAUGUAUGUACGUUUAAGCCUGCAGUUUACGUUAUGUAUAUUUCCCACAGUGUAAAUGAUCGGCAGUUUGGGAUUUUCAGAAAUUUCAGGUUGGCUAUCAAGAAAUGAAGGUUAGGAUGUGCUGCGCUGGACUGCGAAAUCUUCUCCAAGGGCUGCGCUUCAGUGCCAAGUACUACUCUAAGCAUAACCUUCCUCAAACAAUGUGUCCUUACAGUAAAAGUAAACCAAUAAAGUGCUGCAUCCUGGACUGUUCAGAAAGUAUGUGCACCCACAGGACUGCACCACCUGGAAGCAUCCUGCCGUGCAGAUUCUUUUCCUGCAAGCAGGAAGGAACAAAAGUCCCUUCCAAAAGGAAGCAAAACACAUCCAGAGUAACUUCAGACCUCUUGCACAAGAACCUUCUGAAAUCAGAGCAGGAAAACUGGAAUGACAUUUCACCAACAUACAAAGCUGUGACAAAGAGAAUCAAAGGAAAACUGGAAGAAUUGCACAACAUGUAUACACGCAAUUCAGGAAGCCCAAGGAUGAGGUUUGGAGAGAAUGUGUACUUCGAAGAGAAUGGCUGCAUAUUUCUUGCAAAAGCAGAUGAUGUAGAUGAAGGAAAUGCUGACAUUUUAUUCAGUAUUGAAGAUCUUGGCUUUUCUGAUGCCUUUAUUCAACGGAUCAGAAUUUCACCAGAUCAAAGUUACAUGGCCAUCAGCUUAAAAAGUGAAAAUUCUGAAGAGGCAACCUGCAUUAUUAUGAAACUUGGUAAUUUUCCUGUUGUGGAAAAAGUAAUUCCAAGUGUAUUUAGCUUUGAAUGGGCUGCAAAUGAUGUUCUGUAUUACACAACUCAGAAGAACCUUAAAUGCCAGAAUGUGUUCAUGACCACUUUCACUUACCAAAAACAUACUAAGUUAGUUUAUACAGAACAUGAUGCAAGAUUCUUUGUAGACCUUUAUUGCACAAAAGACAGGCGUUUUCUCACUAUCAACAGCAACAGCAAGACAACCUCAGAAGUUUGGCUGGUUGACUGCACACAUCCCUUUGAGUCACCUGCUCUCGUGCAAGCACGAACCCCAGGGGUCUUUUACCACAUCGAGCACAGAAAGGAGCAGUUGUACAUUCUUACUACAUAUGGAGAACCUGCAGAAUAUAAGUUGAUGAAGGCACCAGUAGCUUGCAGUGGCAAGGACAACUGGCAGUUAGUUUAUGCACUGGAAAAGAAAACCAAGCUAGUAGACUUUGAGAUGUUCAGUGAUGACUGUAUUAUGUUCCUGAAGAACGCUGGUCAUCUUUACUUAAAUGUGAUUUCUUUUGUUUCACACCUAGUUCAGUCAAUACAGCUACCUACGUGGGCCUGUGAAUUUGAAUUGGAAUCUCAUCUUGAACAUACCACCAGCACUUGCUAUUUUCAGCUCUCCUCCCCAGUACACCCCCCUAAGCGUUUUGCAUAUUCAUUUAAAGAAAAUAAUCUCAUUGAACAAGCUGUGCAAGAGGUACCAAUUAUUACGAAUUGUCACACUACACGUUUACUAGCUAAAAGCAAGGAUGAAACUUUGGUGCCAAUUACAGUUUUUCAUAAUAAGAAUUCUAAAGAACUACACAGGAGACCACUUCUAGUUCAUGUAUAUGGAGCUUAUGGCAUAGAUUUGAACAUGAGCUUUAAAGAAGAGAAGCUGAUGUUAAUUGAAGAGGGUUGGAUAUUAGCAUAUUGCCAUGUUAGGGGUGGAGGAGAGCAGGGCCUUAGCUGGCACAGAGAUGGAUGUCAGCGUAAUAAACUCAAAGGUCUCCAUGACCUCAGGGCUUGCAUCAUGCUGCUGCACGAACUGGGAUUUUCUCAGCCCAAACACACAGCACUGGCAGCUGCCAGUGCUGGGGGAGUUCUUGCAGGAGCCCUGUGCAACACUGAUCCAGCACUGAUCAGAGCCGUGGUUUUACAGGCUCCUUUCGUAGAUGUUCUAAAUACAAUGAUGAAAACUCAUCUCCCACUGACAAUUGAGGAACAAGAAGAAUGGGGAAAUCCAUUAGAAGAUGAAAUAUGUAUGAAGUAUAUCAAAAGCUAUUGCCCAUACCAGAAUAUUAAGCCACAGUGUUAUCCGUCAGUUUUUAUCACGGCGUAUGAAAACGAUGAACGGACACCACUAACGGGAAUCUUACAGUAUGUUCAGAAACUCAGGAAGGCUGCACUAGAUCAUGCCAGCCGAAAGAGUAAGAAAGUGAUCACCAGCUUCAUUGUUCCAGGAAAUUGGAUUCCUAAUAUUAUCUUAGAUGUCCAGGCAAAUGGCAGUCAUUGUGAUUCAUCCUGGGAGCACUCACUGAAUGAGGUUGCAAGACACCUUGCUUUUCUGAGCAGAGAACUUGAGGAAGUGUGCCAUCCCCAACAUCACAGCAAACCUUGCAAAUAGCUGCUAAACACAUUGACCACCUGGAAAACUUCAGGAGCCAUGGUGUACACGUGGUGGGACUGACCAAACUGCAAAGAAAUGCACUCUCCAGAACUGGAAUUUUAGCAGAACUCCUUGAUCCAAGUACAUCAAAAAUCUUGCAGUUACCUCACCUAGCAUGGUAAUCUUAAGAAGGAGGUGCCAAAGUCCCUCAGGAGGACAGGAUCAGUGUCUCAGAAGAUGCUGGAGGAUAAAACAAAGGGAACGCCCCCACUAAAGCAGCCCGAUUCAUAGCUUAGCUGCCCUCUGAGCAAGGCACAGAUGUGCCUGCUGUGCACUGCUUCUUAAAAGAGAUGUGGGGUGCACACCUACAUCAACCACUGCAGGUGCAGCAAAUGCAGGUGUAUAAGUGUGACAUUCGGUAGGGUUGGGUCAGCUGCUUCCUUUGAACUAAAGUACACACCCCUCACCUCAGCCUUAGGGCAGGAAAAGAAAUAAGAGAAUGCAAAUGUAUUCUGACUCAGCAGGGAGGGGGACAAUCAACUGGAAAUGCAGUUCUGAGUGUGGAAUUAGAUAUAUUAGCUACAUUUUGUUCUUCUUCUUACUAACUGAGGAUAAUCAGAGCUGUUAGAUGUGAGAGAAGAGGUAAAACAUCACAGUGAUAUACACUAGCCUUGCUUGUGUUUACCUCUUUUAGCAAAUAUAGGGCCACCCCUUUGGAAUAAGUUUUACAAAUCUGCAGACUUCUAAAAAGUUCAAGCGAACUGCCACAGGCUUGGGAUUCCACAGGAGCACUUACAGACCAGCAACGCCAGGGUCAGCACACAAAAAGCAACUGUUCCCUCUCCUCCCAAAAACA